AUGUCAAAGUGUUCAGAGUUUCUCCUGAAGCACACUCCACCAAAUGUGCCGGGAGUCUUGGAGAGAGGGAAAAUCCUGGACCAGAACAGAUACAAAGUCAUUUGCCAGACUUUGAGUAACGUGAGAAGAUUUGUGACGCUUUACGACACGCAGAAUAGGAUUCCAGUGUUUUCUGCUUUCAAGUACACAGGAGUAGACGGGGGUGGGAGGCCCAAAGACUGGAAAAUAGAACCGCAGCUUGAAGACAUAGGCAGCAACAAGAACAUGAUCCCCGUAUCCAAAAACAAGACCUACAACAACCAGGCCGGGGAUAUUGAUUACAAAAACCAUACAGUAUACAACAGAGGGCAUUUAUUUCCAUGCUCUUAUGGAAUGACAGAAAAUGACAGGAAAGCAACCUUUACCCUGACCAACAUUGUUCCACAAGUGGGCACAUUCAACAAGGGAAGCUGGCAGAAAAUGGAGAGCUGCGUCAAAUGUGUUCUGGAUGAAUACUGCAAAAACAAUGAUAUUACAGAAGGCUUUCUGGUAAUUGGAGCACAGCCUGGCAACAAAACCCUAAACAACAGGGUUAAUAUUCCUUCCAUGCUGUGGUCAGCAUUCUGCUGCUACAGUCAAAGUGAGAAUACAUGGCUAGCAGCUGCGCACUGGGGUGAAAACAUCAAAGAUAGUUCUAAAUAUCUGCAGACUAAGACCUUGGCAGAGCUCUAUAAGAAACUGAGUACACAGGACUCAUACCACAUCUGUCCCACCUUCUACCACUCCAAGUACAUCUGGCCCUCCCACGACCACCUCCGAUCCUUUUACUACCACAUCUGUCCCUCCCAGUACCACUACUACGUCUGCUCCUCUUACAACCACAUCUGCUGUUUUUACCACUACAGCUGGCACUCCUACAUCUCCAAGUACCACAUCUGCCCUUCACACUACCACAUCACUCCCAAUAUCUACCACAUCUGUCUAUCCCAGUACUACUACCACAUCUGCUCCUCAUACUACCACAUCUGGCCUCUUUACUACCACACCAGGAACCUCUACAUCAGCCCCUGUUACCACCACAUCUUCCCCUCCCAGUACAACAUCUGUCCCUCCCACAACUACAACUGGCCACGUUACUACGACAACCAGUACUCCCUCAACUACUGCUACUACUACUCUUAG